AUGGCUGCCGGGACCUUCCAUUCUUGGUUAUAUCCGACGUAUACCCGCCCUUGGGGAGUUGAAAUGGAACAACUCCAGCAACCCUGGCGUUGUAUCUACGAAGAACCAUUUGCCCUAAUGAUGUCCUCAGACCUCUCCAGCUUCCUAAUCCACUGCACAUUCAAAGAUGUCCUGCUCGGUGGGAUAUCUCUGUACCUCGUCUACGGAAUCCUUCUCUGUAUCUAUCGCUUAACACUUCACCCGCUGGCCCAGUUCCCAGGCCCCAAGCUUGCAGCAGCGACAUUUUGGUAUGAGUUUUACUAUGACCUUUUCCCACACAAACUGCGCUACCUGUGGAAGAUUGAGGAAAUGCACAAGAAAUACGGGCCAAUUGUUCGCAUCAACCCAAUUCACUUGCAUAUCAAUGACCCCAACUACCUCGAUGAAAUAUAUGCCGGCGGCAAGCGGAAGCGCAAUCGAGAUCCCUGGUACUACCGCUCCGAGUCCAAUGGCCCUCUGGGAUGGUCGGUUUUUCAGACUGUCGAUCACGAUGUCCACCGCAUGCGAAGGGCCGCCCUCAAUCGUUUCUUCAGCAAGCGUUCCGUCCAAGAGCACGAGCAGAUGAUAAUCGACAAGAUUGAAAUCCUGUGUGGUCGCUUUGCAGAGGCUUGUCGCACAGGUGAUAUUGUUUCUCUCACCUUCGCUUGCGGUGCGCUGACAAUGGACGUCAUCUCGGCCUACGCUUUCGGCGCGGAGACGGACAACUUGACGCGCCAGGACUUCGCCGCGGAGUAUCUCGAGGCAUACAGCAAACUGAGUCAACUUGGCCCUGUCGGUCGUCAGUUCCCUUGGCUUGCCAAGGCAUGUCUUACGCUGAUUCCGUCGAGCCUCGUGCAUCGAAUCAGCCCUGCCGCUGCCCUCAUUCCAAGGAAUCGACUCUUCUUCCGCGGGAUAAUUGAGGAAUCUGUCCGUCAACAGGAAGCAGGGAAGGGAAACAAGGGCAAAUCCAUCUUCCAGGAUAUUCUACGGAGCAACCUUCCGCCCAGCGAGAAAGCACCCGCCCGCUUAGCGGCAGAGGCCAAUCUCUUGGUUAUUGCAGGCACCGAGACUACUGCCAGGGCCCUGUCGCUUGUCCUCUUUCAUAUCUUGGACAAUCCUCAGACCGUAUUGCAACUGAGGGAAGAACUGGCGCCCCUCAUGCCCCAUCCGGACUCACGGGUGUCCGUGGCCGCUCUCGAAGCCUUGAGGUUUUUUCCGGCAGUAAUCACGGAGGGUAUCAGGCUCUCUCAUGUGGUUUCCAGCCGAAUGCCUCGAUAUGCACCGGAGGAGACACUACGCUACGGCAAAUGGAUUAUACCCGCGGGGGCGCGUGUGAUGCAAUCUCAUUAUCUGCAUCAUAUGAAUCCCGACAUCUUCCCGGAUCCCUACACGUUCAAUCCGCAUCGCUGGCUUGACAAUCCUGAGUUGAAACAGAAUUAUUUCAUGGGCUUUGGCAAAGGAUCUCGGAUAUGCCUUGGUAUCAAUCUUGUACAUGCCGAACUUUAUCUCACUAUAGCCCGCCUCAUGACUCGUUUUGACAUGCGUUUGCAUGAAACAAUCAGGGAGCGGGACGUCGAUGUAAAGCGUGAUUGUAUCAUUGGGCUCCCGAGCCUUGAAGGGCAGGGAAUCCGCGUGAGGAUUACACAAGAUAGAGCAGGUUAA